CUCGUCAAUUUUUUAUGACAGUUUGUGUCAAACAAUCAUAACUGUUUUAAACAAAUUUUACCUUUUUAUUUUGAAAACAUAAGCAAUGAAUAAUAAUUAUUGGACUAUUUUAUUAAAGUAAAAUUAAAAUUUUAAUCCUAUUUUAAAUUUCUUAAAGUGUUUUUGACUUAAUUAUUAAAUAAAUAUCUAUAAAUCAAUUAGCAAGAUCUCAAUAACAUGACAUGGAAUCUCGGUAUUAAAAUUCAAUUCAACAGCUUAACUAUUCCAUUACAACUCAAUUGGCUUACAUUAACAGUAAUGACCUAUUGGCUCCCCUGGCCUUGUGUUCGUUAUUUGAUCGAGCAACAUUGGAAUCUGCUUACGAAGUGAAAAAAAUCGUGUACAUUGUUCCUUAUCGCGUAAAAUGUGUGUGUGGCGAUAACACAACAAAACAUCUGAGUGGCUGUGAACUCGAUAGUCGCUCGCAUAAUCAUAGACAGGCUGUGACGCGUCCACUAAUCAGAAGUGAUGGGUGAAAUCAACAGUCCGAGUUUCAAGAACGCGCUGAGUUUCUUUAGCACUCUAGAGAAACAAAAAGUUCCGCCGAAAAGGCCGCCCAAGAACAUAGAGUUAAACUUGAGAGUGACUGUGAGUGAUUCGGAUAAUAAACCGUGCAUUCCCAGAGUAAAAUUGUGUUGUAAGAAUAUGGAUAACAAAGCUGUAUCGCCAGUGUACAACAAACCAUUUCUACCGGAGCCAAAAGUCGAAAAGCUUGACAUAGUAGAGACAAUCCGUAAUUCUUUAGAAGCUAGAAAAUCGGAGAUAUACAACGAUCCCCAUGAUAAAAUACCACCUGAUUUGGAAGCUAAACUAAUAAUAGAGAACUUUAAAAAAGAAAUAUCACCCUAUAAUACUUUUAAGAUUCCCUUCGAUGCUUUGGACAGUGACUUUUUUAAACAAACCUUGGAUAUACUCCCGGAGACCAAAUGUUUGAUGAAAAAGAAUUCCAAGAACUUCUAUAGCAAGCCAGUUACCAUCAAACGUGGACCCACUAAAAGAAGCGAUGCAUUUUUGGAGCCCUACUUGCACGGCCUGGGCGAACGGCAGAGCCCCAGCGUGGGCCCCCCUUCCACCCCGUCGCCCCCCCCCUGCAGCAGGGUGGCCCCGGUCCUGUUACCCGAUCCCGCCUCCAGGUCCAUCUCCAGGGAGUCGCUGAUGUCCUCGAACGGGGGCAGCGAGGCCAGCAGCGAGGACAGCGGAGAGGAAUAUGGUGCAACUUGUGAUAUAGGCCUAAUGGAACGUCUAGUCUUGUCCCACCCGAUAUGGUUUCUGCCCGGGAUCCAGCGCAAAGGCGCCUUCCACUUACUCCAAGGCAAAGAAGAAGGCUGCUUCGUGGUGCGAAAAUCCUCGCAAUCCGACACAAUGGCGCUAUCGGUCCGCCUGCCCCCCGACAAAGGCCCAUACAUCGAACAUUACCUCAUCCUAUCGUCAGAAGGGCGCUUGGGGUUGCAAACAAGCGAGAAUCGCUUCGUGGACAUGGCCGCCUUGAUUUCUCACUACUCGGAUUGCUGCGAUGAGCUGCCGGUGCAGUUGACGCUACCGAAAGCCAUAAGAGAGUCGAAGAGCAGGCAGCAGUUGUCUUCGUUGGCUUUGUUGGGGCAGGAGUUCUGGCGUUAUAGCCCGCCACCAUCCAAUGCUUCUAGUCCCGAUGCUGAUUUGGUUUUGAAUAUGAACCCUUUGAUGAGCACCUUUAAAAAUGCCGAACCAUCAACACCGGUUGGUGGUAGUUUGGAAAGUAAACCUACAAGACCGAGCACUUUGAAUCUUGCCAACAAAAUAGACCCCAACUCGGAGAAUAACAAGAUUAUAAAAAAUACACCUUCGUUUAAAAAUGCACCACCUCCACCACCACCAAGAUGGUCUAAACCUUCGACCCCCCAAAACAAUUUUACAGUAACCACGACGGUUACCUUCAGCGUUAACUCUGAGAGUCCGAGAAAUGAACAACCCUCCCAGAUGGAGAUACAGUGUGAUCCUAAGAGAAUGUCACCGGAGGGGCAAACUUCCACCCUAUCUUCUAAAGGAAGCCAACAUAGCACCAAUACAAGUCAAAUACUAUCUCCAAACAGUUCUAUAUUGUCACCAAUUUCCGAUGUGAUAUCACCAGACACUCUAUCACCAUUAUCGGUCACCAAAACAGCUCGUCAUAGCAAAAGAAGACACAAAAUCUCGAAGCACUAUCAGGAAAGCGAUAUUGUUGACUCGCCUACUGCUUUUUAUUACAAAAGCGGUUUAGGCGAUAAAAUCAGCGAUUAUGAAGAUGUGUGGACCAAUGAUGCGAUGCCGAAACCGAAACCGAUUAAUAAUUUGCCUUCGCCGGAUAUCUUGCAGCAUACUGGGAAUGAGGUUUCUUUAAAUAAUAAUGUUUUAAGCCCCACUGACUCUCAUAAUGGAUCGUCCCUGAGGAGCCACUGCAGCACUCCUAGCCAGAAUUCUAACAAAGCUAAUUCUGUCUUGUCCCCAACCAUUGAACAACAAUGUCUUCUGAGCCCAGCGGCGGCGCAGGAUGGUUCCAGUCCCCUGCCCAAACAGGGCAGCCCUUUCUACGCGGAACCUGCCGAUUCGAUAUCGCAAUUUCAGAUUGCCAAAAGGAUUUUCAGCAGACCCGCUCCUGCGAUACCAAUGCACCAUAGGCAUUCUAAUCCGCCUAACUUGCAUGCUUUAAAGAACAUCGCUUCGCCGAUGGAGAAGGUCGAUGAUGAAUUUGGUGUGAUGUCAUCUUCCGUGGGCAACCUGAGCCCAAAACAACGAAUCAUGCCAUCGAAAAAACCAGUGUUGCCACCAUUCAAUAAACAACGCGCCAACGAUAGCUGGCAAGUUGAUAAUGGCUGGAAAUUUAUGACCAGCGAAGGCGACGUUAGUACGGACCAAAUGGAAUCUAGUGACCAGGAUUACGAUUCCGAUUGGCCUAAUAUACCAAAGUUGAUUUCCUCCUUGCAACCAUGUGAUGCAGAUGAGAAGACUGCUUUGCAUGACUUGAUCUCCAAACGAUUUCCCGAUAUGUCUUCAAAUGAAGGAAGAUGUAGAAUGUCGGCAUACGAUAACGUUGAAGAUCGCAGAGUGCCCAGGCCGCCACCUUCGGAAAUAAGCGAAGUUACGGAGUUUUCCGACCCUUGGGCUGAAGCACCGGAAAUGACGCAAACAGAGACUGAUGAAUCUAUAUCCGAACUGAGAAGUAGCCCGACCAAAGUUGCUACCAUAAAUAGAUCAAAAAGUUUUAAGGAAAGAUUGGACCCACUUAUUUCUGCCCCGCGCUUACAAGCGUUGCGUAGCAGAGAUCAAACCGGGCCAAAAACUGUCGGAACCACGAUUAGAUCGUACGCUUUGGAACUUGCUCAAGAUAAAAGUACAACUUUUGCUCAAAAUAUCGAUAAUUUUAUUGCUUGUACCAGGGAAUCUAAAGAAACUAAUCCACAGGUUGUAAUGAGAAACAUGCGCCAAUUCAUGUCGGGCAUGAAGAACUACCUGGUGAAACACGGCGAAAAGGAAUUUUACAAAGAAAUCGAGCGCGAGCGAAGCAACUUAAAAUCCACGGAAUUCCUGAAUCUGGACGCCAUACUGGAAGGUGUGAUGCACAAGUUAGUGGUGAAACCUCUGAAAGACCAUCUGCAAAAUUUGUUUUUGACACAUUACACCAAAACUGGAGCUAUCAGGCUGUUGACUGACAGUAUACAAUACGCUUCUACCAGGCCCAUCACUGAGUUAGCCAUCAAACCAAAAAUUAACCUUCCAUCGGAAUCGGCCCUCAGUACAAUCUCUCAAUAUUUAAAAAGACUGCAAACGGCUGACUCUCCUUUAGAAAAGUUGGAGUACUUGUUGGCUGCUAUAGCAUCAAUUUACAAUUCGGUUAAAAUUGAUCAACUAUCUGGUCCAGGAAAAAAUACUCAGCUUGGAGCGGACGACUUCUUGCCAUUAUUCGUGUGGAUUUUGAUCAAAACCAACUUUGUGGCUGCUGAGAUUGAAGCUGAAUACAUGUGGGGAUUACUCCAUCCAUCGCUCCUCUCGGGCGAAGGAGGCUACUACCUGACAACCCUGUCUUCAGCAAUCCAUGUACUUAAAAACUUCAAGGAAAGCUGCGAGGAGAACGUGAACAAUUCAAACGCGAAAAACGACUCUGUUCUGAAAGUGGUCGUUCCCGAUGAACUACACGGCUCAAUUCUGACCAAAACUUUACCAGCCAGACCCCACAUGACCACCAAGGAGGUGUGCAAGAUUAUCGCGCACAAAGCCAGGAUCACAAAUCCGCAGGACUAUGCUCUCUAUAGAUUGACUGAUGGAGAAGAAACGAUACUGAUGGACAACGAAUGUCCCCAGGACUUUGUGAACGAGAGUGGAAAACAUACGAUGCUUGCUUACAAGAGGAUCGAUGCUAAAAUUGCCUGGCCCAAACAGGACAAACUGAAUAUCUAGUCAUUAUUAACGUUUAGUUUGUUCUUUUAAUCUUCUUUUCUUAAUGUACUAACAAAUAUGCCUCAAAAACUAUCUUCAUAACAGUCAUUUUUUUUCUUUUCUUGUGCUGUAAAUCUAUUUUUGAUAUUUUUGUGGUCGUAUUUGUUAAGAUACUCAUAAAUGUAAAUAAAUUGUUUUGUGUCCACAAAGCAAAUCAUUAACUCGUCUUUUUAUAUUUUUUAAUACAUGUUAAUAAAAAGUUGGAUUUUAUAUUUAAUGUAGAUUUUUUUGUUUUCGUUUUGUUAACUGUUAAUUUAAUAUCGUAACAUUGGAAGUAUUAUGAAUAUUUUUCAUUAAAAACUGUGAAUUUUAAAUAACUAAUGUUUGUAUUUAUUUCGUAUGUACUAAGUAUUACAAUAAAAUAAUAUAUUCUUAAAAUU